UUAAAAGGCACACAUUUCUGAGGAUUUUUCCACGUGCAGUUGGAAGCUCGAAAAUAUGGGUCAGUGCAGUUCAAAGACAUCUGAGCAAGUGCAUGAGCAAUUUAACGAGAUCACGUCACUUACAACUAUAAAGUUCACUGAGAAACGCGUUCCUGGCACUUCACAAGGCAAAGUGCGAGUGGACUUCUCUCAGAAUGAAAAUAAAGUGGAGACUCCAUCGGACAGAAGGCGAUGCGGCUGCAACGGUCAUGACGUGUGCUCGGGACUGGUUUUCGUGGCAGAUCCAACCGGUGGCGUAUGGAUUGAUAAAGCUAUCGGAAGACAAAGAUAGAUCCUGUGGAUGUGGUGCUGGAUUUGGCUCUCUACUGUUGGGAAAAAGUCUUGUUUCUCCCUAAAACCCGUCCUGUAGAUAUUUGAAGGUGACGGUCACAGUAAAUCCAGUGGAAAAGUAUCUGGGAUGUCAAGGAUUCUUGAAUGCCUGAAAGAGAUCUACAUAAUUCAAGUCUGGAAAUGCUGGCAAUUAUUUCCGAAAAGGUCUUUUGUCCAAAACAUUGUCUUUUUUUUAUUUAUAGCCUGUGGUUAUGCAUUAAGUCCACAUGGUAAUGCAUGAAGUCCAAAAUGUUAUCAGCUGAUAAAUGUAAUUGGAAGGCAACUGUGAGCCCAUUCUUAUUUUAUUUCAAAUGUGGGGACAUGUGCCAGGGCAGCAGGCAGUUUUAACUUUAAUUGUGAUUGGUUUCUUUGUUCUUUUAAAAAGAACAAUUCUAAUUUAAAGUACUGUAUGAAAUUAUUGUGUUGAGCAUUGUGAAAAACACUUCUGAUAGCAGGUUUUAAUAGCUGAAUCAAAUGUAACUGGAACUGUAAAUUUUGUAUGUUAAAUGGCAUUGUAUACCUGAGGAUUUUGAACUUAAGAUUGGUUAAAAAAUAUAUAUAAUUUGUUUUUCGUUGUUUGUAUAUUUGACAUGAGAUUCCAUAAAAUAUAUUUAUGUAAGGUAAUGGGUGUAUUGGGUUGUUGAUUUGUUUCACUCAUAUAAUAGUUUAUAAAGUUUUAAAUGUGUAGAUUUUUUAAAUAAUGUUCUGUAAAGAGAAAAUGAAAAAGGACACCAUUCCAGGGAUUCCCAGCAUAUUAUUUGGGAGGUGUCCUUGUCAUACUUUGACCCUUUAAUCACACAGCUCUGUGUAGAUAAGCAAGAUGUAAUACAUCACUGAGUAAUAAAGACAACAUCUUAGGUAAACUCACAUGCGUCAAGAGAAGACAGAGCUUUAGUUUACGUGAACGUUUGACAUUUAGAAUGGGCCAAACGGGAUCCAGACAUAAACCUGAAGCACGUAUCAACCUCCUGGGACUCGAUGGAGCUGGUAAAUCAACGCUUCUUUACAAACUUAAAUACAAUGAAGACUUCCACACUGUUCCAACAAUUGGAUUCAACGUGGAAAUGAUCGAGGCCAAGAGGAACAGGGAUAAAAUUGCCUUGACCGUGUGGGAUGUCGGUGGCCAGGCUAAGAUGCGAGCUCACUGGAAGAACUUUUACCAAGACACAGCUGGAAUUGUGUUUGUUGUAGAUUCUUCUGACAUGAAGCGGCUGGACGAGGCAAAGGGAGUGCUGGAACAGACCUUAAAGAGCGACCACCUCACGGGACUGCCGGUGGUUGUUCUUGCCAACAAGCAAGAUAUUGAAGGAGCUGCAACGGUAAUAGAGAUCACAGAGAAGUUUAAUCUGAGAAAGAGCUGCAGUGACCGAGACUGGUUCAUUCAGCCUUGUUCUGCAUUGACUGGAGCGGGUCUGGUGGACGGCUUCAGAAGAAUUGCACACCUGGUGAAAAUGACACCAGAGGACCAUAACAUCAAAGAGACUGUGAAACACAUAAGAGCAAAAUCUGUGAUGUUAAUGAAGAAAUAGCCAACACAUGGCAACAUCUUGUCACAUCUAUGGAAGGUUGUUUACUAUCCUGCUAAAUAUAGUUGGACAAUGUGGAUUAUUGACUUUGAUAUAUUGAUAACAGAACCAUGCAACAUGCCAGUGUUAACUUAUAUUUAUAAAUAAUAGCUUAACCACAACUGUAUUUGCCUCUGUGGCAUGCCUUUACAGUAACAAAAGGACCCAGACAGUGCCAUGAUCCAAAUUUGUUGACAAUGACAUGACAAUUUGUUAAAACAUCUAUAGAAGGUUAUGUAUAUCCUACUAAUUAUCAUCGAAUUGGGUAUAUUCAUGCAAACAGGAACCAUGCAAGGUGCUAAAGGUACCUUGAGUCAUAAUUCAUGAAUAUAAUUUGCACCAAUAGAAGGUUAUGUACACUAUCCUACUGUGUCAUGUGAAUUGAUAUAUGGGAAGUUGA